AUGUCAAUACCUCAAGAUUUGAAAAAUACAACAAGUACCACCACCACCACUACCACCACCACUACCAAACGUUCAAGGGUUAGUAGAGGAGGAAGUAAACAAAAUACAACGUCACGUCGAGGAGGAGAAAGAGGUAAAGGUUAUAAGAAAAAUAUCAAUCUUGAUGAAAAUUCUCAAUCCAAUCAACAAGUUGAAGAAAUACCAGAAGAUGAACAAUGUAUAAUAUGUGCUGAAAGGAUUAAAUAUGCUGCAUUAACACCAUGUAAUCAUACCACAUGUCAUAAAUGUACAUUUCGACAACGUAGUUUAUAUGAAAAAACCACUUGUUUAAUAUGUCGAAGUGAAAAUGAUAAAAUUAUUAUUACUGAAUUAAUAAAUAAAAAUUAUGAUGAAAUUUUUGAUAAUGAUAUAAUUGGAUUUAAUGAAAAAUAUAAAAUUAAAUUUACUAAAGAUUAUAUUGAAAAAGAUACAUUAUCUUUAUUAAAAAAUACUUGUUCUAUUUGUCAAGAAACUUUUUCAGAAUUUAAAUUAUUAAUUGAUCAUGGUAAAGAAAUUCAUGGGAAAUAUUAUUGUUUAAUUUGUUGUAAAUUUAAAAAAGUUUUCAAACCAGAAUUACCUUUAUAUACUUAUAAACAAUUACAAAGACAUCAAAUUGAUGGAGAUGGAGAUGGAAAUGGAAAUGAAACAGGAUUUACUGGACAUCCAGAAUGUAAACAUUGUCAUGGGAAAAGAUUUUAUUCUGAAGAUGAAUUAAAUGUUCAUAUUAGAGAUCGUCAUGAACGUUGUUAUAUAUGUGAUCAAAAUAAUCCUAAAACUGCUGAUUAUUAUAAAAAUUAUGAUACAUUAUAUAUUCAUUUUACAAAAGUUCAUUAUGUUUGUACUGUUGCUAGUUGUAUUGAAAAAAGAUUUGUGGUAUUUAGAGAUGAUUUAGAUUUAACAGCUCAUAUGUUGAAAGAACAUGGUGGAAUCACUAGGAAUGGCAAUACUAAUAAUAAUAAUCGAGUAAUUAUUGGUUCAAAUUCUCAUCAUUUUUCUCAAUUAUCAACUUUUAAUGAAGGAAAUUCUCGUCGUAAUCGUGAUCGUAAUCGUGAUCGUGAUCAUGGUUCGGCAAUUGGAUGGAUGGGUGAAGAUGAUGAAAUAUUACAACAAUCACCUGAAAUUAAAAAGAAAAGAUUUGAAGAACGAGCUAAACAUUAUUUGAAUUAUAAUCAAAUUAAAAUUAAAGAAUUCCAUUCUUUAAAUAAUAAUUUCAAAAAUAAAAAUAUUAAUGCUAAUGAAUUAUUAUUAAUUUAUAAACGUGAUUUAUUUAUUCAUCAAACUCAAGAAGAAUUGAAUAUUUUAAUAAAAGAAUUUCUGGAAUUUUUCCCCAAUAAUUCAGAAUUAUAUAAAGAUUUAAUUUCUAUUAUCAAAGAUAAUAAUAAUAAUAAUAAUAAUAAUAAUAUAUUUGAAUUUGAUUCUAAUACUCCACAUUAUGAACAAUUUCCAAUUUUAGGAGGAAUGAAAGCUAAUAGUAAUAUUAUGAAUUCAAAUUGGGUGAAUACUCGUAAUGGUUCAUCAUCACCAUCAUCAUCAUCAUCAACUACUACUACUAUUAAUGAGAAAUUUCCUGCUUUAUCUAAACCAACUAAAAAAAAUUAUGUCAAUCCUAAUAAUCAACCAAUUAAAUAUACUACAGUUUUAAAACCACAACCGAAUAAGAAAAAGACUGUUUUAAAUAUAUCUCAAUCAUCAAAUGAUUAUAUACCAAAUUAUCUCAACAAUAUCAAUAAAGCUUCUUCGUUUUCAUCAUCAUCAAUGCCAAUAUUAGGCAAUAGCAAUAGCAAUAGCAUUAAUAGUGGUGGAGGUGGAUCUAGUAAUAGUUCUUCUCUUGUAUCAUCAAGAAAUAAUUCUAGUACAACAUUAGAUGAUAAAAAAUUUCCUACAUUACAAAAGAAACAAACUAAAAAAAUUAUAAUACCAAGAGUUAAUCAAAUUAAAGUUAUUGAUCCUAAUACAUGGGGGAAACAACAAUUUCAAUCUAUUAAAAAAUCAACAAAUAUUAAUAAUGAAGUUGAUAAUGGUAAUGGGAUUGAAAUAAUUGAUAAAAGAAAACAAAAAAUGAAAAGGAAACAAGAUAAAUUGUUAUUUAGUAAUGCAAUUUAA